UCUCCAUGAUAUUCACUUUUUUCAAGGACCCCAUUUACCAUGGCCCCUGAACACUAAUGAAUAUCCCCUUUUCGUGAUCUAUAUAUACUCAAAAUGGGAAGGCGUGUGUUCACCACAAGCAAAUACACCAAACAAAAACAAUCCAUCAAAUCAUUAUUACAUAUAUAUAUCUUUGAAAAGAAUCUGUCAUAUAUGGCUUCUGCUGGUGAUCAUCAAACCCUUGGUAACAACAACAUGUACAAUAAUAGCCACGUAGAAAUCCCAGUUUAUAAUAAUAAUAAUAAUAAUAACGUGGAAGCGAUGAAAACCGAUGAUGAGGAAGUAGUUGACUACUCCCAAAGAGCACAGUGGCUUCGAGCAGCUGUAUUGGGAGCCAACGAUGGGUUGGUUUCGGUAGCAUCACUGAUGAUGGGAAUUGGGUCAGUCAGAAAGGACAUCAAAGCCAUGCUUCUAGCUGGUUUUGCAGGCUUAGUAGCCGGGGCUUGUAGCAUGGCCAUUGGAGAGUUCGUUUCUGUCUACACUCAAUACGACAUUGAAAAGUCUCAAAUCAGGAGACGAAGACAGCAACGACGUCGUAUUGGACAGAAUGAUGAUGAUGAUGAGGAGGAGGAGAAUGAUAAGCUACCGAAUCCAGCGCAGGCUGCGGUGGCUUCUGCACUGGCCUUCUCAGUGGGCGCUGUGGCACCAUUGUUGGCUGCUGCCUUCAUAAAUGACCAUAAGGUGAGGCUUGGCGUGGUGGCCACCGUGGCUAGCUUUGCUCUUAUGUUUUUUGGUGCUGUUGGAGCUGUGCUUGGGAGGACUCCUGUGGUGAAAUCUUGUGCUAGGGUGCUGAUUGGAGGGUGGUUGGCUAUGGCCAUCACUUUUGGCCUCACUAAGUUGAUUGGCUCUGCUGGUCUUCAAAUAUGAUCAUUUCUUAUAUAUUAACCAACUUCAACCCCUUCUUCUUGUGUUUUUGUUUCUUUCUCAAUAGGCCGCUUUUAAUCAUUUAGCUACGUAAAGCUCGCCUUUCAUGUUGUUAUUAAUUGUUGCGUUUUCAAUUCUCUUACCUCUCUCUCUUUAAGUUUCCACCUAGCUACUAAUUGAUGAUCACCUAAAUAUAUAAAUAUAAUAUAUUUAUAUAUAUUGUGUUAUUAUCCAAUUGAGUAAUGAUAUAAUAAUAAUAAUAAA